UUCGGUUCGCUUUCUAAAUGCACUGUUAACAUUAACUUGAACAAAUUACAUUUGGUGUAAAAACAGAAAACCUAUAACACUGAACAAGUUGACAAACUGCACUAUGCCCUUAAACAAAUCAAAAAUGUCAUAAUAAAAAUUAAUAUUUUAAUGUGUAUAUAAGAAAAGCUAUAAAAACAAAUGAACACAUUUUUAAACAUAAAAAUGUAGAACGAAGUGGAAAAAAAUGUUUUCAUUCAAAAACAACUGUCCACAGCAAUUCAAAAAUAAAUAAAAGGAAAAGCAAAUAUGAAAAAGAAAGAAAAACAAAACGAGGUGAUAUGUAAAAAAAAACAAGUGCACAAAAAGUAAAAAAAUACAGGCACUUCUGUAACACGAUUGCAAUAUGUGGGCUUAGGCAAAAGUUUUUAUUACAAAGCCAGUGAAGUUAUAUUAUAUAUGCAGCUGCAGUUUAUUAUAAGUUAAAACUGUGGAAUGUUAUACGAAUUAAAUUGUGUAUAAAGUAAAAUUCGAGGCAAAAACAGGAUAAAGUGCUUGCCAAAUCGAGAAAAUAAUUUCGUUCGGUAUCAACGUAAAUAUUAAACAAUUUGAAUUAUAAAAUUAUUUAAAGCACAAAGACACGCAAUUAUUUUGCAUCCGAGUUGGUGUUUCGCUGGGGAAGCCGCACAGCUUUAGAAUGAAAUGGAGAUGCAAAGCUACUCUGGUCCUGGACCAACGACAGAAGCACCAGCAACAACAACACCAGCAACAUCAGAAGCAGCAACACCAGCAACAGCAACACCAGCAACAGCGAGAUUCACAGAGCGACACUUUAGCUGUCGACUGGAAGAGGCGGAUUGGCCCGAGGUGGGACAGCCGCUCAUUGACUGCGAAAGCGGCAACAACAGCCUCCACAUCCUGCCCACCAGCAACAUCCUCGCCAGCGGCGACAACAGCACAUUCCAGUGCGCCCGGCAGCCGUUCGAUGGGGCGACGGGGGGGCAGGCGGCACUCUACAGAUGCGAUGUGGAGAGCCCAUUGUCGGACCCAAAUGGCUGCACGUUCAGGCUGAAGGCGCGGCUGCUGCAAGUGGCGAACGAGGCGUAUGAGCGAUUUCGGCUGGCAAUCAACGAGGCCCUCAGUGAUAAUACGGGUGAUACACUUAGCGAUAGUUCGAGCUGCGGCAAUGGGGACGGGAACGGGGAGGAUGUGUUCCACUGCGAGCUGGGGCAGCCGCACGAGCUGUUCCUCUGCCACCUGCAGCAGCAUCGGAGGGAGCCAAUUGGGGUGCCGGAGAGUCUGGGGUCUGAGGGCCCCUCGAACGACAGCCUCCUGGAGGCGUUUCAAAUCGAGCUGGGGAACGAGCAGGACAGCCUCUGGACGUUUCUCAACCUGAGCGAGCUACUCGAGCUACCCGGCAACGACACCUUUGGCAUCCCGAACGCCACCAGCUCCAGCCUGGACAUGAUUCUGGCCAACUACACGGCACUGACCACAUCGACAGUCGCCGCCUCCACCGCAGCCCCAUCGACCGAUGCCGCUGUCACGCGGAGCUUCCUGGACUACAGUCCCCACGGGUACGACUGGCUCUUCCUGUUCGUGGUCUUCUUCAUCUUCGCGGGCGGCCUGGGCAACAUCCUGGUCUGCUUGGCCGUGGCACUGGACCGAAAGCUGCAGAACGUCACCAACUACUUCCUGUUCUCCCUGGCGAUAGCCGAUCUGCUGGUCAGUCUGUUUGUGAUGCCCAUGGGUGCCAUUCCCGCCUUCCUGGGUUACUGGCCACUCGGAUUCACCUGGUGCAACAUAUACGUGACCUGUGACGUGCUGGCAUGCUCGUCGAGCAUCCUGCACAUGUGCUUCAUAAGUUUGGGUCGCUACCUGGGCAUCCGGAAUCCAUUGGGGUCGAGGCACCGGUCCACGAAGCGUUUGGCUGGCAUCAAGAUUGCGAUUGUCUGGCUGAUGGCCAUGAUGGUCUCCAGCUCGAUAACAGUGCUGGGUCUGGUCAACGAGAAGAACAUUAUGCCCGAGCCCAACGUCUGUGUGAUCAACAACCGCGCAUUCUUCGUGUUCGGAUCCCUGGUGGCUUUCUACAUCCCCAUGCUCAUGAUGGUCACCACCUACGCCCUGACCAUUCCGCUCCUCAGAAAGAAGGCGCGUUUUGCUGCCGAGCAUCCGGAGAGUGAACUGUUCCGCAGACUGGGUGGCCGCUUCACCAUCAGGCCACAGCACAGCCAGCAGCAGUUGCAGAUGCACAGCAGCUUCUCCAGCGGCAACAACAAGUUCCUCUCGAUGGGCGACAGCAACCGCAACUUCAACAGCGCGGGGGGAGGGGGGGAGCGAUGCCCGGGCAGGGGCUCCGCGAGGGGGAACAGCGUGGAGCCCGCCGAACGGCCGCUGAUGCAGCAGCGAACGCCGAGCAGCCGGAGCAUCGGAACGGUGAGCUUCCGCAACGUGGCCAAUGGCAGUGGAAGUGGCUCCCGGAGCGCAGCAGCCGCCCGCAGCAGCUUCCGGUUCUCCGGCGGAGGCAUCCUGCGGCAGUCGUCGUCGCCCGCCUCCAGCUGCCACUCCGCCGGCAAGUCGCACUCGAGCAGCUUCUGGCGCAAGCACGGCGGCAAUCCCAACCUAAUGGACAGCCACCCGAAUCGUCGGGCCUCUGUUCGUGUCAGCAUCUCUCAGCCGCAAUUGGGUUAUCCGACAAAUGGAAGUGGCAGUGGCAACGGAGGAGGGGCAGCAGCCGGAGGAGCAGCAGAAGGGGGAGGCGGUGGCGGCGGUGGCGGUGGCAAUGGCUCAUCAGCUGCGACAACGAGCUGCUCAACUCCUGGGGGCACCAGCAUGAUGAAAAUCGCCACCAUCCAGGGACCAGGGACUCUGAGCCAGAGUCAAGGAGCUGGGGGCAAAGGCAAUCACCUGCUCAAGCAGGUGAGGCCUUCAGCUUCGAAGCCCGACGAGCAACAGCGCCACAAAACGCGGCCCUUUAAGUUUGCUUUAAACCGCGUUGCCACGCCCACUCUCAACCUACGCUUCCUAAACAACCGCAGCAAGCGGAACAGCUUAUCGGCGAACGCGGUGGCCACGGAACAGAAGGCCACCAAGGUGCUCGGACUGGUGUUCUUCACCUUUGUGCUGUGCUGGUCGCCCUUCUUCAUCCUGAACAUCCUGUUCGCCGCCUGUCCCGAGUGCCAGGUGCCCGAGCACGUGGUGAACACCUGUCUCUGGCUGGGCUACGUCUCCUCGACGAUCAAUCCCAUCAUCUACACGAUAUUCAACCGCACGUUCCGCGCGGCCUUCAUCCGCCUGCUGAAGUGCAACUGCGAACGAUCCGGCCGCCCGCUGCGCUACCGCUCCGUGACGGAAGGACGCGGCGCCCUGAGCCUGUGCGCCCCCUCGGCCCUCCCGCUGGCCAUAUCCUUCCAGGGGGCGCCACUCAUGACGCCAUCCACGGCGAACGCGACGCCAUUGAGCGAGUUCCGGGGCAGCUACACAAUCACCGACGACGAGUGCUGAGCCACGAGGAGCCCAGCCCUUGUCUGCUUAAUAAAACACGAAUUUAUAAGGACGAAACGCAAGAUCCAAACGGAGUCAACUGUACUUACUAGCUACUAAUCAAAGGAAAACGCUAAAUUCAGGGAGAUACAUGCAAACCUUUCCGCAAACUAAUCACAAUCAAAUAAUGACUUUGUAGAAACUAUAAAGCAAAAUACUAAAAUUACAACUCAUCCACAUAUCAUUCUACUCGUAAAAGGGAAUCAAAAAGGAAGAUUGAGGGAAGGAGUGAGUGCAACGAUGACUGUGUUUCAUUUCCUCACCGACAUUCUAGCUUUACUCGUCUCGCUAUUUCUAAGUCAAAAACAAAUAAUUUGUUGAAAAUAAGCAAAAACCACAUUUAGAUUAGAUUAAAAUGGUAAAAAAAAAAAAACAAUGAAAUUACCUUUAGCAACUGUGUUUAGUGGUCUUUAGUAGGAUAUGUCCCCAAACUUAAUUUGAUAAGAACAAAAUGAAUUUCUAACCGACCCUUCAGUUAAUCCUGUCUGUAAGUGUCUUUCCGUAGUAAAUAAGCUAACCGUUCAAAAAACAUUAAUUUCCACACAUGGCAAACAAAUAAAACAAGCAGAACGUAAUC